GCCGUCUCGGUGGCAUAAGAACACAAGAAAUUGUGUUAAUUAAUCAAAGCUAUAAAUAACGCUCGCAUGCCUGUGCACUUCUCCAUCACCACCACUGGGUCUUCAGACCAUUAGCUUUAUCUACUCCAGAGCGCAGAAGAACCCGAUCGACACCAUGAGGGUGUUGCUCGUUGCCCUCGCUCUCCUGGCUCUCGCUGCGAGCGCCACCUCCACGCAUACAAGCGGCGGCUGCGGCUGCCAGCCACCGCCGCCGGUUCAUCUACCGCCGCCGGUGCAUCUGCCACCUCCGGUUCACCUGCCACCUCCGGUGCAUCUCCCACCGCCGGUCCACCUGCCGCCGCCGGUCCACCUGCCACCGCCGGUCCAUGUGCCGCCGCCGGUUCAUCUGCCGCCGCCACCAUGCCACUACCCUACUCAACCGCCCCGGCCUCAGCCUCAUCCCCAGCCACACCCAUGCCCGUGCCAACAGCCGCAUCCAAGCCCGUGCCAGCUGCAGGGAACCUGCGGCGUUGGCAGCACCCCGAUCCUGGGCCAGUGCGUCGAGUUCCUGAGGCAUCAGUGCAGCCCGACGGCGACGCCCUACUGCUCGCCUCAGUGCCAGUCGUUGCGGCAGCAGUGUUGCCAGCAGCUCAGGCAGGUGGAGCCGCAGCACCGGUACCAGGCGAUCUUCGGCUUGGUCCUCCAGUCCAUCCUGCAGCAGCAGCCGCAAAGCGGCCAGGUCGCGGGGCUGUUGGCGGCGCAGAUAGCGCAGCAACUGACGGCGAUGUGCGGCCUGCAGCAGCCGACUCCAUGCCCCUACGCUGCUGCCGGCGGUGUCCCCCACUGAAGAAACUAUGUGCUGUAGUAUAGCCGCUGGCUAGCUAGCUAGUUGAGUCAUUUAGCGGCGAUGAUUGAGUAAUAAUGUGUCACGCAUCACCAUGGGUGGCAGUGUCAGUGUGAGCAAUGACCUGAAUGAACAAUUGAAAUGAAAAG